AUGCCGCCGUCGGUGUCUGCCUUCGCAGACGGCGACGACUCCUCUACGAUCUCAUCACUUAGUGAUCUGUCUGUUCCCGCCGGUCUGCGACACCUGACUCCAUCAUCGCCCUCCUCCGAGCUAAGUUCAGCGAGGUCGGUCAGUCCACCACCCGCAUUCCUUAGACCACUCUCGCCGCCAGCGUCGCAGGAUGCAGGCGAAGACAUGCAGCCUGCUCGUAAGCGCAGGAAAUUAGAGUCGCAUCAUCGGGUCACGCAGCAUCUGGACCUCCUCUCAGACGAUGCGCAAUCCGAGUAUGACCGUCAGCAAGCUCUAGAUACACUCCUCAAGGCGAUCAAGAAGAGGCGGAAGAUCGUAGUAGUCGCCGGCGCCGGUAUCUCUGUUGCUGCAGGCAUCCCCGAUUUCAGAUCGGCGGAUGGCUUGUUCCAGAGCCUCAGAGCAGCGCACAAGCUGAAAGGCUCGGGCAAGGAGCUGUUCGAUGCAUCCGUCUACAAGGACGACUCGGCGACAUCUUCCUUUCACGACAUGGUCCGCCGACUUGCCCUUCUAUCUAGAGACGCAAGGCCCACACUAUUCCAUCGCCUGCUCGCCAGACUGUCCGCAGAAGGCAGACUCCUACGAGUCUAUACCCAAAAUGUUGAUGGACUCGAGAACAGAUUACCACCACUCGCCACGACAAUUCCGCUCCCACAUAAGGCGCCAUGGCCGAAGACGAUUCCGGUACAUGGUGGGCUCGAGAAGAUGGUCUGCCAAAAAUGCCAGUAUCUGGCUGAUCUAGACGAGGAGCUGUUCCGUGGAUCAGUUCCACCGCCGUGUCCCGAAUGUCAAACACGUGACAACAUUCGGACAGAGCACGCUGGCAAGCGAAGUCACGGUAUUGGGAAGCUACGACCACGUAUGGUCUUGUAUCAUGAAAGCAAUCCAGACGAAGAGGCCAUAGGUGCUGUCACGGCAGGUGACUUCAAAACCCGACCGGAUUGUGUAAUUGUCGUCGGCACUAGCAUGAAGAUCAAGGCAAUGAAUCGCAUCGCCGAGGAAAUGUGCAAGAUUGUUCGAGGUCGGAAAGAAGGCACAACAAUUUGGAUCAACCACGACCCGCCACCUGCGAAGUUUGAGAACCUGUGGGAUCUUGUCGUUAGGGCUGACGCCGACGAUAUCGCGCAACGUGUGAAUUUCAAGGAAUGGGAUGAUACCACUCAGGACAUCGUCGAAUCGUACACCGACUCGGACGUCGAGAGAGCAAGAGGCAGCAGCGGAACGCCCUUGGUUCAGGUUCCAUCGCCCAAGAAGACUCUGAUCGGCUCAAGACUCGCAUCAGAUACGCCUCCAAUGUCGCCUCGACCUACGAAAGAGCCCGAAGCCGCAUCAAACUUCAUCUUGGAAGUGCAGAGAUCUCCUACGAAGCCCAAAGCAUCAAAACCAGCAAUGAAGAAUCCAGCCAGCAAAUACCAGCCGCUCAAAAAUCUGCCUGGAUUCACCAAAGACACGGCACAGAAGUCGCAAAGAAAGCCCCAAGCAAAACGCCCACCAGGAAAGCCCAGACAGCCGAAAGGACAGAUGGCAACAAUGUUCAAGUCAACGAAAGUCUCAACUCCAACGACUGUGGCGGUCAAGAAAGAAGUCAAGCCGCUUUCACCGACCCAAAACAUCCCAAAGUCACCUGUCACGAUCAAGUUCAGGUUCGGCACCAAGUCCGAGUACUCUAGCACAGAAGCCACUCCACAGCCCGAAUCACCACGUGAAUUGCUGGUCGAUACACCUCCGGCUCAAAGAGCAUCACCUCUGCCAUCCGAUUCGAGACCUGGCUCCAGUAGUAGUAACCAGGAAACUAUCAGUCCAUCAUCGAUACCCAAGGGGAUGAAGGAUCUACUGUGCUGA